AUGAGUGAGUAUACAUUUAUUUCAACUCCUCUCUAUUUUAGUCAAAAUUUUAUAGACAAAAUUAAUUUAGCCAACAAAUAUAAUAAUUAAAUUGAUCAAAAACACAUACAAUUAUACCGCUCACUUAAGGCAAUUAACCUACAACUUAAUAAAUCAAUAAAAUUAAAGGUGUAUCCUAACCUAAACAAAAUAAUCGAACACUUUUUAUGGAAAAAUUACUUAAGUGGAGAUCGAUCGUUAAAAUAUUUAUAGAUAUUUCUUAAUUUCACUCAAGGGAAAGAUAUUUUUAAUUUGUAGAAGAAAACGACUUAUUAAUAUAAGACUCUCUUAUUUUCUCUAUUGAAAAGCAUAUUUAAUCUCUUAAAGCUCUCAAUGAAAAGCUACGCAUACAAUAGCUCAAAAAAAUUAGUGAAAAUGAAGCAAUUCUUAACCAAAAUAAAGCUAAAGUCAUUCCCCCCAAACCCUAAAGACCAGAAGAACCUGAUUAGGAUGAUUGCUGUGGGAGUGGAUGUUAAGUCUGCGUAUUCGACAGAUAUUAUCAAAAGUUAGAAGAAUACGAAGAAAAAUUGA